UCCAUGUCCAGCCAGUCAUCCGACAUUCCUUCAUUUUUCGAGGAUGAAUUGAAGAAGGCCUUGCGUGAGCAAACAUAUGGCAUUGAUAGCUCAAAGCUCCUCGGCUCGACUGCGCUUGACGCGACGGCUGAGAUCACCAUCAUCGAAGGCACUACAAUCAAGGUUAUGCUCUUCACUAGCGGGUUCCAGGUGAGUCCUGGUGGUUCUGCCCUGGUAGGGAUGAUUUUCGAGACACUCGAAGAGCUCCUCUUAGCCGUCAGUCCGUUGUACGCGGCGAAGCAGGGUCAAGAAUUGCUGGCGAGGUUAGAACAGCUGUCGAAUAAGCCCUAG